AUGAGCGCAUCCGUGUUGAAGACCCCUCUGAGAAGGGUGCUUGCAUCUGCUUGUACUCUUCACGCCGCACAGCGAGCUUUCUCCACAAGUCGACCCACAAAUGCGACUUGGGGUUUUAUCGGGCUGGGACAGAUGGGAUUCCCAAUGGCUAGGAAUCUGCGCUCUAAAAUUCCCGAGUCCGACACUCUCAUCAUAUGCGACUCCAAUCCCAAAGUCACCCAGCAAUUCGUCCAAGAAGCAGCCCGUGGUCUGAAGGUCGAGGUUGCGGCUAGCCCUCAACAGCUGGCAAGGGAAUCGGAAACAAUCAUAACCAGCCUCCCCGAACCCCGCCACGUCAAAGACGUCUUCCACCACAUCCUAAAAGACGGCCUACCCAAACUUCCCCAGGGCAAAGAACGCCUUUUCAUCGACUGCUCAACCAUCGACCCAGCCUCAUCCCGCGAAGUCGCAAAUGCAGUCCACAGCACGGGCGCCGGCAAGUUCGUCGACGCGCCCAUGUCCGGAGGCGUCGUCGGUGCUUCUGCCGGCACCCUCACCUUCAUGCUAGGAGCCUCCUCUAAGGUUCCCGGCCUCGCCCAGCGCGCCGAAAACACCUUACUCUUUAUGGGCAAGAAGGUGUGGCACCUGGGCGAACAGGGCGCGGGCCUCUCGGGGAAACUAGCCAACAAUUACCUGCUAGCCAUUCAAAACAUUGCGACGGCUGAGGCGAUGAAUUUGGGAAUCCGCUGGGGACUAGAUGCGAAGACGCUGGGACAGAUGAUUAAUUCCUCGACUGGUCGAUCGUGGUCGAGUGAGGUGAACAAUCCUGUACCGGGGGUUGUGGAGACGGCUCCAGCGUCAAGGGAAUACAAGGGUGGCUUUGGGAUUGGGUUGAUGAAGAAGGAUUUACGGUUGGCUGUUGAGGCGGCGCGGGAGGCCGGGACGCCGUUGAUGCUUGCUGAGAAGGCACAGGAGGUUUAUGAGGAGACGGAUGGGGCGCAUGCGGGGAAGGACUUCUCAGUUGUGUAUCAGUAUCUUCAGGAGAAAUCUAGAUAA